UCUUCCAAACUUUUCAAAGCCCCGUUUUCUCUCACGCGAUCCGGUGGUGCCGAUCUCUCGAAUAUUCCGUGUUUUCUGUGCCUGUGAAAAAUCCGAUCGUGAAAAUGGCCUCAAUCAGUUUAUUGAACCCCAAAGCUGAAUUUGCUCGUGCAGCUCAGGCGCUUGCCGUUAACAUUGGCGCUGCCAAGGGCAUCCAGGACGUGAUGAAGACCAAUCUCGGCCCGAAGGGAACCAUGAAAAUGUUGGUUUCCGGAGCCGGUGACAUCAAAAUCACCAAGGACGGUAACGUUUUGCUGCAUGAGAUGCAGAUUCAGCACCCGACGGCGUCGUUGAUUGCCCGCGCCAGCACAGCCCAGGACGACAUGACCGGCGACGGUACAACUUCCACUGUGUUGCUUAUCGGAGAGCUGCUGAAGCAAGCGGAUCUGUACAUUUCCGACGGAUUGCAUCCACGAAUUGUAGCGGAAGGGUAUGAUCAGGCUCGCAAGCAAGCGCUUCAGAUCUUGGACCAAAUGGCCCAUCCGAUUGAGAUCAACCGUGAGGGACUGUUGAACAUUGCGCGCACGUCACUGAGAACCAAGGUGCACCCCCAACUGGCGGAUCUGUUGACGGAUGUCUGUGUAGACGCUGUCCUCGCCAUUAGAAACGAUGGUAAGCCCGUGGAUUUGCACAUGGUGGAGCUGAUGGAGAUGCAGCACAAAUCGGCUACGGAUACCCAGCUGGUGAAGGGGAUCGUAAUGGAUCAUGGUUCGCGUCAUCCGGAUAUGCCCAAGCGUCUGGAGAAAGCCUACAUUUUGACGUGUAAUGUUUCGAUGGAGUAUGAGAAGAGUGAGGUUAACUCGGGAUUCUUCUACAAGACUGCUGAGGAACGAGAGAAGUUCGUGCUGGCCGAACGAGAGUUCAUUGAGGAGCGAGUUAAGAAGGUCAUUGAACUGAAGCGGAAGGUUUGCGAAGGAACUGAUAAGACCUUUGUAGUGAUCAACCAGAAGGGUAUUGACCCUAUGUCGCUGGACAUGUUGGCCAAGGAGGGGAUCAUGGGGCUGCGUCGUGCCAAGCGUCGUAACAUGGAGCGUUUGUCUCUGGCUUGCGGUGGCAUUGCCUUGAACUCGUUCGAUAACAUGGAUGAGUCCUGUUUGGGAUUCGCUGGACUGGUUUACGAGCACGUAUUGGGUGAGAACAAGUUCACGUUCGUUGAAGAGUGCCAGAAUCCGCUUUCGGUGACUAUUCUGAUGAAGGGACCAAACAAGUACACUUUGACCCAAAUCAAAGACGCAGUCCGUGAUGGACUCCGUUCGAUCAACAACGCCGUCGAAGAUAAGAAGUUGAUUCCGGGAGCGGGAGCCUUUGAAGUUCGAUGCCACAACAAGCUCAAGGACUACGCUAAGGACGUUAAGGGAAAGACUCGCCUGGCUAUCCAAGCCUAUGCGGAUGCUCUACUCGUGAUUCCGAAGGUGCUGGCCACCAACAGUGGCUACGAUGCACAGGACACUAUUGUUCGUUUGCAGGAGGAAAGCCGUCUCAGCGAGGAGCCGAUCGGGCUGGAUCUGUCCACUGGAGAACCGAUGAAGCCAGUCGAUCUUGGUGUGUUUGAUAACUACAUAGUCAAGAAGCAGAUCCUCAACUCCUGCACGGUCAUCGCCAGUAACCUGCUGCUCGUGGAUGAGAUCAUGCGUGCGGGCAUGAGCAGUCUCAAGGGUUAGAUGCCGGUUUUCGGUUGAACGAUUGAUAUGUUUGCUUUAAACUUUACGAUUAUUUCACCCAACAAUGCACUAAUGUGGGGCGCUAUCUACGCCUGUCUGCUCUACAUCGUUCACUUUUGAUUAUUUAGCCUCGUAAGUACGUUCACAGCUUAAUCACACUUACUUUCAUCCAGUUUAUCGUAAUGAAAAACAUAAUAAAACUAAUGCUUUCACAUAUUUCAGCAUUUCAGGAA